AUGAAUUUUUGUACAAUUACAAAAAAUUUUUCAACAAUUCUAAGAGGUAUCUUAUGUUAUUUAGAUCAUCCAGGAUUUUCUAAAAAAUAUAAGACACCUAUUAGUAAUACUAAAUGGACAUAUAAAUAUUGUGAUGAUUAUAAUUUUGAAGAUAAAACAAAUGGAAUUGCAAAAAAUUAUACAGAAGGAAGUAUUGGUAAGCUAAUGAAAACAUAUACAAAUAUUGUUUUUGUUCGAGAACCUAUUGAAAGAUUUAUAUCAGGAUUUGUUGAUAAAUGUUUAAUUGCAAAAGAUUUUAUUAAAAUUGAUCCAACUUAUUGUUAUGGUUGUAAGACAAAUUUAAAAUGUUUUGUUAAUAGAUUUUAUAAUCGUAUUAAACAACAAAUUUUAUUUCCAAAAAAAAAACAUAUUGAUACCUUUGAUGAUACUCAUUUUUAUCCACAAACUUGGCAUUGUCAAUUAAAAUUAUACCGUCAAUAUUAUACAAUUAUUAAGUAUGGGACAUCAGAUAAACAACUUAAAUUAUUUUAUAAAGAUUUUUUUGGGCUUCUUGAAUCAAAAAAUAUACCUAGUAAACAAAUAAAUUUUAUUAAAGAAGGUACAAUCAACAGACAUACACCACAUUCUACAUCAAAUAAAAGAAUUACCUCAAAAAUUACUAAAUUUGACUAUCCGAUACCUGAUUUACCAGAAUCUUCAUUUUAA